GCGCAUCCGCACCCCCCUCCUCUGCCACACGGCUCGUCAUUCAUUCUUAUCCUCCUCCCCCCGGUACCUUUAUAGCUCCCGACCCCCCCGCUCCGUCCUCCAAGCCAUCGUCCUGCUAGCACCCGUGAACUCCAGCCAUUUACGCUGCGUCGAUCGUUUCGGGAGAUCGUUGCUGUGAUCGUGUGAUCUGCUCGGGAGAUGGAGGCUUACAUGAUGUUCCCGCGGAGCAAUGGAAAGAGCUGCGAGGAGGAGCAGGAGGAGGACAUCGGCUGCCCGUCCGAGUCCGAGGUUUCGGCGGCGGGCUCCAUGCUGUCGUCGGACGAGGAGCUCGACGACGACGCCACCUCCAGCUCCAGCUCGUCCGGAUCCACCGACAACUUCCAGAUGUCCUCCCUCAUGGCGCAGCUCCCGCUCAAGAGGGGUCUGUCCAAGUUCUUCGACGGCAAGUCGCAGUCGUUCGCGUCGCUCGCGGCCGUGGGCGGCCUGGAGGACCUGGCCAAGCCGCCGGGCAAGCGGAUCAAGACGUCGCGGAGCUGCGAGGUCGGGUUGCAGGACGCGCACCGCCGGCGGUUCGCGCGCCACAAUGCCGCGGCCUUCAAGAAGGUGUCCAAAGGGCGGCUGUCCGCGCUCGGCAGGGCGCCGGCGCUCCGGCCGCUGACGGCGAGCGCGGCGAGGCCCAAGGGCUUGCCCGUGCGGGCUCCGCUCUUCGUUUAGGAGAUUUCGCCCGCAGAUUAGUCGUGUCGAAGAGCAGUUGGUGCGGUUGUUACGUGGAUUUUGACAUGGUAACUGACCGGAAGGUGGCCGGCUGGUCGAUGGAUGUGUAAAUACAGAAAUGAGAAACAUGCCUUGUGCAGUAUCUA